CACGAGAGGUUGCCUCUAUGCGCAGUCUUUAGAGGUUGCCUCCAUGCGCACCGCCCCCCACCGUCAGACUCAGCCAACCAACGACAACGCCGGCGCUCAUCCCGAAGCCCGGUGCGCUUGCUCUCCUCUCCUCCUCUCGGAUCCGCGCGUCCGACCUCUCUCCCCUUCUGCUCCGCCAUUAGAGGAAAGCCUCGCCUCACGUCGCGCCAACCCCGCCACUUCUGCCCCCCGGGAUUCCCAAGGCGCGGGGCGCAUCCUGCCUCUUUCCCAUCCAUCGCCGCCGCCGCCGCCGCCGCACCGAGGUAUGCACUUGGGUAGGGCCUUUUGUGGAGGAAGGGUCUUGUUCAAGAAGGUGCGCGCGGCGGUGGGAGGGCGCUCGCGGCUCUAGAUGGACGCCGGGGGAGAGGUGGUGCCGCCCAGGGCGGCCGGGCCGCAGAAGUACAAGAUGCUCGCGCCGUGGCGCUUCCAGCGCGGCUUUGUCAGGCAGCAGGUCAAGAACCCCACCGCCGCGCCCAGAGGCAGCGGCGGAGUGCCCGUGGCCGAUUCGGGUUCGAAGAGUCGUGGAUUGGCAGCGGUGGCAGGGAGCGGCGGCAAGAACGUGGGAGGUCGGGGGGAUCGCCAAUUGAAGAGAUGCACUCGAAGUUCGGGCAUGAAGAGCUCUGAUGUGGAGAAAAUGGCGAAUGACGCUGGCCGUUGUGCUGAAAAGGCCUGCAGUUUGGGCAAGUCCAGCAACAAUGGUGGUACGGAGGUCCCUGGAUUGCAGGGUUUGGGGAAUGCCAAGGGUGGUGGUGUCACAGCUGGAAAAGACUCGCUGGGGUCCAACUGCAUUGAUAUUGUGGGAGAUAAAAAUGUACAGAAUAUUGGGAGUGGCGGCAACAUUGAUGCUGGUGAUGGGUCAGCUUGGAGCCCUGAGGGGAUGCCUGAGGGUUCUGUGAAGUCUUCUGAAGCUGGGAGUGGCUUAAAGAGCGAUAAUCCUUCCGGCGCAGAUUGCAUGCAGGAGGGGUUGAAGGGAAAUUGUGGUAGCACAGGAAAUGGGGCUGCCGAGGAGAGUGAAGUAGCAGCCAAAGGAUGCAGCUUGGCAGGUCCUGGAAGCAAUGGUAAUGACACAAAUUGCCGCAGGGGGAGGAAAUCACUAGCACCAUGGAGGUUCCAGAUUGGGUACAAGCGGCCAUUCUCGAAAGCUUUCUGCUCCAAUAGUGGAUCUCUUCAUACUCCGGAAUACAGGGUUCAAGGCAGGUCGACACAGUGCGCUCCAGCAACUAGAGGUAGUGUGAGAUGUUAUACAAGUGCUCAAUCUAGUGUUAGAGUUUCAGCUAUGCGUGGUUUCUCCUCAGUGAAAGGUGAGAAGGAAAUCCAAACUGCACACAAGAAGAGGAAGACUGAGAAGGAUGAUCAUAACCAAGGAAUGCCGAAUAGUGGAGUUGCCCUCGCUAGGGAGAACGUCAUGAGAUCUUUGCAGAAUUUUCGGUUAAUUUACAGGAAGCUUUUGAAUGAACAUGAACACAGAUCAACGGAAGCGCAAGGGCUUGACCUACAAGCUUACAAAACCUUCAGGGUCCGUUUCCUUUCAGAGUGCAACGGUAAGAAAUAUGUUGGCAGUGUGCCUGGAAUCCAUGUUGGUGAUAUCUUUCAUAUGAGGGUUGAGCUUUGUGUAGUUGGUCUGCAUCAUCCGCACCGGUUAGGGAUCGAUCAUAUCAAGGAGGAGGAUGGGACUUGUGUAGCUGUUAGCAUUGUGUCAUAUGCAAAAUCUUCUGAUGUUAAGAAGAAUAAUUUGGAUGCUUUCGUGUAUGCUGGAUCAUUGACAGCUACAAUCAAUCAGAAAAUAGCUGGUACCAACCUUGCACUAAAGAAGAGCAUGGAUACUAAAACACCAGUCCGUGUUAUCCAUGGGCUUAGCACAAAUCUUAGUGGAAACUGCCAAAAGAAGAAAGUUCUUAUAUACGGGGGUUUAUAUUUAGUCGAGAAAUACUGGAGGGAGAAAGAGAGCGAAGAUUGUUAUGUGUAUAUGUUCCAACUCAGAAGAAUGGCAGGACAGAAACACAUCGACAUUGAAGAAAUUCUGAAAUCUGGACAGGCUGAAUCAUAUGAUGGUGUUAUCAUGAAAGAUAUAUCCCUAGGGUUGGAGAAGAUCCCAAUAUCUGUUGUGAACUCAGUAUCUAAUGAGUACCUAAUGCCCUAUCACUACAUUUCACGCCUGCGAUACCCCUCUACCUUCAAGCCAGCUCCUCCAGCAGGUUGUGCUUGUGUUGGCGGAUGCUCGGAUUCUAAAAAGUGUGCUUGUGCAGUGAAAAAUGGUGGGGAGAUCCCUUUCAAUGAUAAAGGUCGUAUCUUAGCAGCAAAGCCUCUUGUUUACGAGUGUGGACCUUCUUGCAAGUGUCCUCCUACGUGUCAUAACAGAGUUGGCCAAAAAGGCAUGAAAUUUCGGCUGCAAGUCUUCAAAACCAAAUCAAUGGGUUGGGGCGUAAAGACGCUCGACUUUAUACCUUGUGGAAGCUUUGUAUGUGAGUAUAUAGGUGAAGUGUUGGACGAUGAAGAGGCACAGAAAAGGACGACUGAUGAGUACUUAUUUGCUAUUGGGCAUAAUUAUUACGAUGAAAUCCUUUGGGAGGGUCUAUCAAGAUCAAUACCCUCGCUUCAGAAGGGUCCGGGUAAGGAUGAAGAAUCUGGUUUUGCUGUUGAUGCUUCAAAGAUGGGCAACUUUGCAAAAUUUGUCAACCAUAGUUGCACCCCCAACCUUUUUGCACAAAAUGUCCUCUAUGAUCAUGACGACAAGAGUGUGCCUCAUAUCAUGUUCUUUGCCUGUGAGAAUAUUCAACCCUGUGAAGAGCUAGCAUAUCACUACAACUAUACGAUAGAUCAGGUUCAUGAUGCCAAUGGUAACAUCAAGAAGAAGAAAUGCCUUUGUGGCUCUGUUGAGUGUGAUGGCUGGUUGUAUUAGGUCUAGAAUGUGAUUCCUUUGUAGCUCUAUUGAACUUAUUUCUUGGUUCUAGCUUUUCAUGUGUCUUAAGAAUUAAAAUUAAUUCUUAGACAAGAGGUCAGAAGCUAAAAUCAAAGCAAUGGUAAGAGUGAACUUUAUGCCAUCAGUUACUUAGACCAUCUAUGAUUGUCAAUAAUAUCCGUUAUUUCUGGACCUUCUGGUCCCCUUUUCCAUGGUUUCAUAGUUUCGAAUGCAGCAGCCACUGAAUUAUCAUAGUAUAAAAUUCACAGAUCCAAGUUGGAUUCUGAGCUC